AGUUGGUUUUCUCUUCAAAAAUGAUUUUUUGUUUGCUUAAAAAGACGAUUACAGUGAAAGUUUUGAUUUAUAAUAUCUAAUGCUUUUUAGGCUCAGUUUUCUAUUCAAAUCGGCAAAGCAGAAAUCAAUCCCGCUAGAAAUUGAACAAGAGCAUAUCCUGACUGUCAACAUGAUGUUAUGAUUGGAACAAGCAAAAUUUAUGAGUUCAACCGCAAUAUCAAUGUGGAACGAGAUCUAGUGAUGCAGGAAGAUGUCCGGCCAAACACUCCUGUGUAUCAACGCUACACAACAGCGUUGCAAAAUGACCCAAGGUGCUCCCAAGAGGUCGCUUUAGGUCGUAGGAUCGGCUUCUAUAGAUUUUGUGGAGAUAUUGGUCGAGGAAAUUUCUCACGUGUUAAACUAGCAGUGCAUCAAUUAACCAAAGAUAAAGUGGCCAUCAAAGUUGUGGAUACUAGUCGGCUAGAUGCUAAGGCUCUUCGUAUGCUGUCAAGAGAAGUUACAACACUCGAAGCAGCAUUUCAUCCAUUCAUAUUAAGAUUAUUUGAGGUUAUAGACACGAUAGGAAAAAUUUACCUCGUCAGUGAAUGGAUUCCUGGUGGAGAACUGUACAGUAGAAUAGUGGAAAUUGGUGCACUAGAGGAAAAUCAUGCAGCCAUCAUAUUUUAUCAGCUUCUUGUUGCUGUGAAAUAUUUGCAUAAUCUAGGUUACGUACAUCGUGACAUAAAAGCAGAGAAUAUUUUGAUGGUUAACGAGGAAAGAAUCAAACUGGCGGAUUUUGGGUUCAGUACUCAGCUCAAUAACGGUUCCAGUCAGCAUUUAGAUACAUUUUGUGGCUCACCCCCUUAUGCAGCGCCUGAAUUAUUCAGCGAUGAUCACUAUGUUGGAGGACCAGUAGACGUAUGGGCCUUGGGUGUAUUACUCUAUUUCAUGCUGCAUGCAAAGAUGCCAUUCAAAGGAUCUACAAUUCCACUGUUAAGAACAGCUGUUUUGAAGGGAGAAUACGAAAUAUUGACAUCAUUUAGUUUACCAUGUUGCCGACUAAUACAGCGUAUUUUGGUAAGUUCACCAAUGCGUCGACCAACUAUUGACCAACAAUUGAAUUGCCAAUGGUUUGAAUAUGUGCAAUCAUCCGCUUUUCAUUCCAUUCAAAGUAAUGACGUAACAGGCCAAGGAAGUGAUAUUGGAGAGGUUCCUAAUCGACGCAAAAAUAUAUUUUGGUUAUUUUCCACUAGUGGCCAACAUCGACAAUGUUCACUUCGAUCAUCAAAAGAUACAAAUGUCGCUGCUGCCAAUCAAAUACAAAGCAUAAAUCAACCAAAAAGCACCGUUAAAUGUAGCACCAAACGCGCAAAUAGUGUUUUAGAAGAAAAUUUUCUACGUCCGCUCAAGGAAGAAACUAAUUUUAAAAAUCCUUUAACGGACUCUCACACCGACAUGAACACAAGUGAUAAUAAUAAUGAUUCUCAGAAAGAACGAAAAAUUUCAUUUAGGAGAGUAAUAAGAAAACGAGUUAGUCCUAUAGAAGUAACUAAGAAGCACAAAUCAACUCCAAACACUUCAAAUAUAAAAACACAUGAUUUUAGAAACGUUUUGCAGAAUCUGGUAGAUGAAGGUCAUGGAAAUCAAGUAAUGUAUCCAAGCUCAAACGGACAAAUAUCACCAUUAGAAUCAGAGACCAGAAGACUAAUGGAAAAACUUGGUAUAUCGUCUGAUAUGUUGCAAAAAACAAUAGACAAAGGGCCACGCUGUGACAUAUUAGGAAUUUACAGAAUUAUGAUACACCGUCUUCAAAAAGAGCAAACCAUCGAUUGCAUAUCAAGCAAUGAAAACCAAUCAGACUAUAGAUAUAAUAUACAUUUUCCCAAAGGCAUGAAAAAUUGGGAAAAUACAGGAAGUCGAAAGCCUAAAACACGUAAUAUUAAAACUGUUACCUGUGCCAUUCUUUAGAAAAAUUGUAUGUUAAGUUUUAUUUCAAAUGUUGGCUAAUAAAUUUGUUUCUGAACUUUCA